UAUUUUUGUUAUCUCACUUUUUAAAAUGAAUGAGAAGUGAUUCUUUUAGAAGUGAUUCUUGUAAUCUUUAAAUAAUUCCAAUACUUAAAAAAAAAAUUAACUGCACUUUUCUAUGGGAAGUUACCAAUUGUAAUCACUGUACUUAUAGCUCUUCCUGAAAAUUGCGGUUGAAGGAUUUAACAGAGAAAUCACAUUAUUGUAAGUUAAGCCUAAAAUAAUAUACUCCAAUGAGUUAUCUUCUGCCUUUGUUCUAGAUUGUGGCCAGUGGAAUCUGUGGCUCAGAUUCCCACGUUGUAAGGGGUGCAGUAAAGACCAAGUUACCUAUUAUUCUUGGACAUGAAGCAGUUGGCGUGGUUGAGAGUGUGGGGGAAGGUAUUACCAGUAUGAAACCAGGAGACCAAGUCAUUCCGAUUUUUCUCCCCCAAUGUGGCAAAUGCAGUACUUGUAUGCAUCCUACAGGCAACUUGUGCAAGAAGGAUCAAGAGACUGGAUUCAUGGAGGAUGGCACCAGUAGAUUCACUCACAAAGGAAUACCACUGCACAACUUUGUUGGUACCAGCACUUUUACUGAAUAUACUGUAGUGCACGAGGAUUCAGUUGUCAAAAUCGAUGCUGCAGCACCUCCUGAAAAAGUGUGUCUUAUUAGCUGUGGGUUUUCCACUGGCUAUGGUGCUGCCAUAAAUGCUGCAAAGGUGCGGCCUGGUUCUACCUGUGCCGUUUUUGGACUCGGAGGAGUUGGUCUCUCAGCAGUCAUGGGCUGCAAGGAAGCUGGAGCUUCCCGAAUCAUUGGAAUCGAUAUCAACAAGGACAAAUUCCCUAAGGCUAAAGAAAUUGGUGUCACGGACUGUGUCAAUCCCAAGGAUUACCAGAAACCCAUCAAUGAAGUGAUCUUUGACUUGACUGGCGGUGACGGUGUAGAAUAUUCCUUUGAAGCCAUUGGAAAACCUGAAACCAUGCUGGCUGCCUUGAAUUCCUGCCAAAUGAAUUAUGGAAAGUGCUUCAUUGUGGGAGUACCGCCUACGGAUUCUAUGAUUACCUUUUCUCCAGGACUUCUCUUCACAGGCCGCACUUGGAAAGGAACUCUAUUUGGAGACUGGAAAAGUAAAGAUACAGUUCCUAAGUUGGUUUCGGAUUUCAUGAACAAAAGGUUUAGCCUAGAUCCAUUAAUUACUCACACUUUACCGUUUGAUAAAAUCAACGAAGGUUUUGAUUUGCUUCACUCAGGAAAAUGCAUCCGUUGCAUCCUGACGUUUUAAAGCCCCUGGUUCGGAAGAAAAAUAGAAAACCAUCAUUUUUGUCUUGUCUCUGAAAUCCACCAGAAAUGCAUUAGGCAGCAUAUAUACUUCAAUAAGCCAGUCAACAGAAAGAGAAUUAUUUCUUUUCUUUCUAUCUCCCCGAUCUGGUUCAUAUGUUAUUAUUACUGCUGAAUUUACCCACAAGGAAGACAUCCCUGAAAUUAAGGCAGUCCCACAGGAAAACAAAGAUUAGGCAAAAUAUAGUUAUAAACAUGCUUAACAUUCCUGUGUUUUGUACACUUUCCCUAUUCCAUCAUCUCUCACCUUCCCACCCACCCCUCUCUCAUUUUUGGUUAAUUAUGUGCCCCUAAAGGACAGGGGAUUUAUAAAAUUGUGUGCAUGUGUGCUAACAAUCUCUUUCUCACAAAUUAUUUUCACAACAUAGAGAAAUAGAUAAAUGCAAGGCCAAUGCACAAGAUGCGGUGGCUUAUGGGUAGGGAACUAGGUGUAGUCUGUGCGUUGUUAAAGUUGUAACUCAUCCUCAUUCUCCCUAAACUGGGGUAAAAACUAGGAAGAUUAUCAGAGUAUAACGCUUUAUUUUUCAGUCGGUUUGCAAGGAUGAAAUAAGUUCAGAAAGAUGUUUUGUUGGGCUUCAUGUCCAAGGAAAACCCUGCACAUUUACACUUCAGUAAGUCUCAUUAAUAGGUACCAUUUAAAUAUACUCAAGGCUUCUAGUUAUAUUGUCUAUCUGAUAACUCAAUGACCUCACGUUUCCUUCCUAUCCCUUCCAUUUACAGAUAAAUGUGUUUGGGGAAAUACUCAUCAUCUUGGUUUAAUGCAACAAGUAAACAAAGAAUUAAAUAUAUCAAAUAUACCAAAAACUAGAUAAUUCAACAGCAAUAAUGAUCUACAAGUCUAACUACUGCCAGUUCUAGAAACAUAGAUUUAUUUUAUCACAAUUUCUGUGCUUUUAUUUAUUCCCCCACUUUUUUGAGUGGCAGGAUGGAAUUUAUAUUUUUACAAAUUUAAGAUGGGAAAUGGUACACGGCUUUUUAUUUGGUAUAAAUAUUAACAGCUUGUCAAAGUUCUUCUGGGAUUAGAAUAUUUUUUUCAAGUAUAAGUAAAUAAAAUAAAGAGAGCCAGUUUGAUCUAAAAGUUAAGGCACC